UCGUCCUAUUGCUUUGUCCUACAAAACCUUAGAUUGAAUUCUAUUUAAAUUAUAUAUAACUCGACGUAACGAUCCAACAUUCCGACACUAAAAUACAUGUGGGAAAAUGUAGUGUUCAUCACAGUCCGAUAGACGUCGGAUAUGAUUGAUCAAAUGAAAGUAAAUAAUAAAAAAGUCUACGGAUGUUAAGUGAUAUCUCCGCCGACUGCGCCCACAGUAUCAUUAUGUGAUUAGUUAAAUUUAUGAAGUAAGAAGCUGUUGAAAAUGUCUGGUGAGGGCGAGCGGGCUUCGCGGCCUAACUCCUUGUUGCUAGAAGCGCCGGCGCCCGAGCGAGAGCCCUUGCGAUUCGAUGUGAACCUGGUAGGAGCUCCUCCCGAAGUUGAACAGCUCGUAAAUAACAUAAAACAAGUUGCAGAGGAUUUUCUGUAUCAUUGGAAAACUUUCCCUAUUGUCCUGCCGCAAUCUCGGUUCACCGGGCCAGGUAAUCACCCAUCGGACAUCAUCAUCGCACCACCAUGUGAUGAGAUUGAUGCUGCAGCACUUGACGCAGGCAUUGAGCCCCAUCCUCUGUCUCCGAAACAAUUGCAUUCUAUUAGGGAGAAAGGGGAAUUCGAAGUACCAUCCCGGCAUUUCCCCGGUCAGACUCACGUGUGGCGUGUAGCUGGUUGGCUGCAGCGUGGCAGAGUGCGUGCGAGAGAGGAUCUCUACUGUCAUGUAGCGAGGGCUGUAGCGUUGAUAGUUGUGGUGGCGAGGGACCGGCUGGUGCGGGACGAGCGGCUGUCGGUUAUAGCGGGGGUUAAAGCUCUUCUGAAGGGAUUGCAUAGGCUUUUGGAUUUAAUCAUCGGUAUGCCAUGGCUAGAAGCUCGCGAUCUUGAUAAGAAAAUAAGGGAAGAACGCUCGCGGUAUUUAGUUGCAGAAUUGAUAUGCAAGCCGGAAAACCGCGAGGAUAUAUCGGCGCUCGCCGCGUGGGUGUCCCGUGCUAUGCGUCGCGCCGCGGCCGAGAAGGCGGACGCGCGGGACCCGCCGCGCGCCGCGCCCCGCGUGCCGCACGCCUACACCACGCCGCAGCGGACGCAGGUGGAUUUAAGGCUGUACAGACGCGAGCUGCUGCGCCGCGCCGCGCCCGCGCUGCAGGCGAUACUGGAGCGCGAGUCGCGCGGCUGGUUCCUGCACUUUAGAGAGAAACGCGCCGCGCACCUAGCUAGCCAGAAAGUGCCGUUGAAAGAUAUAGAAGAGGAGGUAUCAACAGCUGCGAUGCGCGAGUACGUAUCGCGCGUAUGUGCCGCAGUGACGUCGAGCGCGCAGCUCGCGGCGCUCGGGCCCGACGUGCCCGACCUGCUUGCCGACCAACUGCGCGCGUAUGCUGCGCUCACCAGAGCGGAAGAGGGUGUGCGCCGCAAGCUCGAAGCCGGCCUAGCAACCGCUGAAGCCCGCAUACGAGCGUCCCACCCGAUCCUGUCACGUGCGGACGCGUGGCGAAACGAGAAGCUGGCGAUAGCCGCACAGCGCCUGCGCUCCGAGCUGCGCUGGACGGCCAUGGAGGACGCGGCCGCGGCCAUGCAGGCGCACAAGCUGCACCAGCAUCGAUACUUCCUGCUGAGGGACCUCACGUUCUUGAGGGACAGGGAGCCGCUGUUGAUGAAGGAGCUGCGCGCGGCGAAGACGCCGACGAACGAGUUCCGGUUCGCGACGCGCAUCUGGCUGGCGCGCAACUGGGCGGUGGUGCGGCACUUCCGCGGGCGCGCCGAGCGCAUCCCCACCGUCAUCAGCGCGCGCCCCACCAACAUCGUCACCCCGCGCUCCGACCCCUCGCAGCCCGUGUUCCUCGCGCACCGCGACACGCUGCGCGCCGCCUGCACGCGCUGGCCGGCCUGGCGGCUGCUCACGCUGGCGCACAGAGCGUGGUCCUGGACGUGGAACAUCAUGUUCCUGCUGGGCGUGGUGGUGCCGUGGUGUUCGCCGCUCUCUCUACGCACAUUACUCUGUGUCAAACCGUUCGUGCCUGACUUGGAAUUAUCGCAGGUAAACGGAACUCUAUUUCCAAAGAGGAGUAGCGAAACGCAAACGAUGUGGUCUCGUCUGUUACAACUGUGGCGAUAUGUGUCCAAGGAGCGGACGAGGUUCGAAACGGAACCAGAUACGGGUCUGCUGGGCAAAGGGCUGAGCCGGCAAGCGCACCGCGUGUGGACGUACGGGCUGGUGGGCGGGCUGGGCUCGCUGGCGCUGCUGCUGCUGUUCCCGCUGGCCGCGCUGGCAGUCAGCGCGCUGUCCCUGUGCGCAGCGCUGUCCGUGCCGCUGUGGGCGCCGGCGCUGGCCCUGGCGCUGCACGCGGCCAGCGCGCUGCUGUACGAGCUGGACACGCCCAACCCGGGCAAGCUCAACAGAUGGUUCGUGUUAUUCGAAGUGUUAAUAUGGCGUAUCGCAAUACUAGGAAUACUCCAGCCGCUCCUCGCAAUCGUAGUCGCGAUUGUACUCUGUCCGCUCUCUGCGCUUAUAUUACUUGUCGGCGGCGUGGGUUGGUGGGCGUGCCGCGGUGUGUGGGAGCGCGUGGCGUGGCGCUGGGUGAUCGUGCGCGCGGCCCGCGUGCCCGCGCACGACUCGGCGUUCGCGGCGCGCGUCGCCGGGCCAGGCCUGCACUGCCGCGCGAGCUAUCAGAUCACUGCUGCGCAAGCGCUAGCAGCGGUGUGCGCGCGCGCAGAGAGCGAGCAGCUGAGCGCGUGGGCGGCGCAGUGGGAGGCGGCGGUUGAACGACCGCUGAGGGAUUACAGACACUUUGUGGACGCCUGCUUUGGACCGUUUUCUGUGCAGAUCGCGAAGACGGGCGCGUACAAGCAGCUCGAGAAGGAGUGCAGCGAGCUGGUAGCGUCUGGACGCGAGAAGCUCGCGGCGCGGAGACGGGACCUCGCGCUCGGGCUCAGUGACGCGGCUCGGGCGCGCUGCCGCAUGCCGCCGCACGAGCUAAGGAAAGCGAUCCAAGCGUCCGCACAGGAGCUGGCUCGGCAGCUGGGCACAGCAGCGCGCGCGGACGACUGGUGGGCGGCGCGCGGCCUCGAGCCGAACGACUGGCACGCGCUAGCCGCUAAUACGCUCGCUGAGGUAUUCGACGCAGAGAUCCUCGUGCCGCUAGAGGAGGGCGAAGCCCGACUACCUCUAGAAGCGGGCGGUGCGGUGGGCACGUGGGAGGCGCGCUGUGCGCGGGACCACGCGCCGCCCGACGUGCUCGCCGAGCGGGACGACUGGGGACUCGCUGGCGGUCCAUGGGGCAUGUGCGCCGAGUGGGGCGGAGCGCCCUUGCCGCGCGUGGCGGCGCCGGCGCUGGACGCGAGCGCGUUCAGCCCGCGCGCGCCGCACCUGCCGCCCGUGCCGCACCCCGCCGCCAUAGCGCUCGUGCUGCACAACAGAGAGUCGGACAACCCCGUGCCAUUGGAAUCGGAAUUGUGCGCGGAAAUCCUGCGCAGCUUAGAGGACGCGCCUGACUGCGAUGACAGGCGAGAUGGUGUAGAGAGAUACCGUGGUGGUGGCAGCGAAGCGACCAGUGAAACUAGCGGCUCGUCUUCCCCGGACGAAGAGCGAGCCCCGCACGUUGAGGACACACCAGAUUCCGCGUUAUGCAGGAUAUCUCCCCUCGGUGAGCGAGCUGCGUGUCGUUGGACACUAACGGGUCGCGGUGUGAGGUUACGCGCUGAUCUCGCCAGCCCGGAGGACGUUACUCUUGAUGCUGAUCGACAUGGGACCUCUGUAUAGAGGGGGGAGAAGUGUAUAGGGGGAUCCUGUUAGCUUGUACAAUUUGGGGGAGCUUAGUGAGCGAGAGGUCUAUAAAAAUCGUGUCGCCUGCGGAAUGUGGAAAAUUUAUGAGCUAUGAGGGAAAACGACGUUUGUAAGGUGUCUUGUGUCGCUAACAUAAGGCACAGGCUACAAUCGUAAUUACAGUAAUCACAUGUGGUAUUUCAUUAAAAGCGACACAGGAAUUGUGAGGUGGAAACAUGCUUUCUGAAGUACAUAUAAUACUAUCUAUUUAAAUCUUCUGGCCUACAAAUACAAAUAUAGUGCAUUUAAUAAUGAAACACGUAAAUUAACGCGAUUGUUACAUGUACCUUUAACGAAAACGAAUACAUGCAAUAGAUUAGUUUGAGUAUAAAUAUAUUUCAGAUCUUUUACAACUCUGUAAAAAUGAUGUUGGCUCAAAAUUAUUAAUAAGUUAUCAACAUCUAUACCUGUGUAUAGAUAAUAAUUAAUUACGAAUGUAAUACGUAAAUACUCGAUCGAAUCUCAAAAUCGGCUUAGCAUAUGUAAAGAGAGUAUAUUCUUAAUAUAAUAUAAUAAUAUAUUAGUAAGCACUGCUUAAGCAAUUAUUCUAAGGGGAUAUUUACAUUAAGCAUAGGAUUCUAUUGCCGCUAUUGUAGUGGUGGAAUUGAAAAUGUAAUUAAUUUUACGUAAAUUUGGGACUAAAUUUUAUUAUUAUUUUUGGGCUUUUUCCGCUGUUGACAAUUCUUCUUUUAAAAAGAAAGAAGAAGAAGAAAGAACUCUAUAAUAAAUUGAAUCAAUUCUCAAUUUUUGGCGCUAUGUUUUAAAAAUAUUUAUAAACGCGUAUGAUUUUAAAUACUUCUUAAUUGUCAAGGGAAACAUAAUUUACCAGAAAAUUUCUUUAAAACUCUCCAACGAUCCCUUGUUUGUAAUUUUAAAUGUACGUAAAUGAUAACAGAAUUAUUUUUAGUGUACACUAGCGCAUAAUACAAGAAAAUUUUAAUUCGUAAGUCUAUCUCGUAUAGGAUAAGAGGAAAAUGUACGGAAGACUUGUAAUACCUCAGUAUGUGCACUUUAAACGAUUUGUGCAAGCUUCGCGGAGUAAAAGUAAGAUAAAGGGUGUUUUUUACCAGUAAUGUACGAGGUUGUGUAGCGAGGAAUGUGUUUGUUAAUUGUUAAUAACCAAUAGUAUCACUUCGAACGCUUUAAACUUCAAACUAAAUGAAGCGACAUGAUUGGCUCUUUACUAACACAUUCUUCGCUC